GUUUUAGUUAUCGCAGAGACAAAACUGUAGAUAGAUUCAAUUUUUAAAUUUUGUCAUACAAAAAAUAUUUUAAAAAAUAAAAAAAAAAAACAUACAAAAUUGAAAAAAAAAAUAAAAUAUUGGUCGGUGAUAAAUCAAUGCAAAUUAAAUAAAUUUGACGACGAGCAAUCGUUUACGGUUUUAUAGUGCUUUACGGGUUAUAUUAUAUAACAACAAAUUUAAAAAGCAAUGUCUGAUAGCAGCUCCAACAACGAUGAGGAUGAGGAGACGUCAAAAAGGAUUACCACUGUGGAUGAUGAUGAAAAACCACCCAAGACUGUUCAGAUAAAAAUCGUCAUGGUCAAAGUUGAGGCGGAGUCACCACUCCUGCGGAAUCAAGACAAAACUGAAUCACUACCCACCUCCGUAACAAACAUAUCAACACCACUUCUAGCUCCCAUAGCGAUACCUGAAUCGUUGUCUUCAUCUCCGGCGAAUGUGAGAAACGAAGCACGAAUACCUAAUAAUAACAACAAUAACAACAACAACAACAACACCACAACAAGUCGAAAUAAUAAUAUUAACUUUAAUAACAAUAUAUCCUGCAGAAGAAGAAGUUCAGCCUCAUCAGUUACCCGAUUAGAUACCUCAGACGGUACCAACGCUACCGCCAUUUACGACGCUACAUCAUCUACACAAUCCCUACAUAAUACACCCAUACACAAACAAACCCUCUAUCCAGUCGAUUCCUUUGCCCUAAUCGAAGGAAAACCACCUAAAGCUGCCACUAAAAUGCAAACAAAAGUCGAUGCUGUUGGAAAAAUAACAGGCGAAUGGGGCAAAUGGCAACUCCGAACAGUCUUAUUGAUCUUCCUAUGUAAAAUACCCUCCUCAUGGUUCAUGGCAUGCAUCAUAUUCACUGCACCUGCCCCACGUCAUGGUGAAUUCUAUUGUAAACCACCGGAUACUUUAAGUCCGCGAAAUCAUACAAAAUGGAUUAAAGUCUCACAUCCGGCACUGGAAGAAGUGGAAGAUCAUGAGUUUAAUAUAGACUUUUGUAAUGUUUAUCAGGAUGCGUUGGAACAUGCUCAUCAAUAUUAUCAUUAUCAACAUCAAGACAUGGAACCACGUUUGUGGGAUGAACCAUCAACAAAGAACGCUACAGUUAUUCCUUGCAAAGCCUUCGAGCAUAAAUCGGAUUAUCCAUCGCUGAUAACUCAGUUCGAUUUGGUAUGCUCACGUGAUAUUUUGGUUGCUGUCACACAAUUCUUCCAUUUGUUUGGUGUUCUAACAGGUGGCAUAUUGGCCACUCAUUUACUUAAGUACUUUAGUCCUCGCAAUGUUAUGCUCUUUGGAAUGAUUACUCAAAUAAUAUGCGGUAAUUUAACGGGUCACGUUUCAUCUUAUGAAUUACAUGUGUUCUUUCGCUGCCUUUCAGCUGUUUGCUGUUGUCAAAUGUAUACCGCUGGAGCUAUGAUUUUCAUGGAUAUUACAACAGGGACAUAUCGAACUGUAGUUUGUACACUGUUUGAACAAUUUUGGUCUGUUGGUGUCAUAAUGCUACCAGGAGUUGCUAGCUUUUCAAAGAGCUGGACAUUUCUCUAUAUGGCAAUAUCAUGGCCGACUGUCAUACUUAUUUAUUUAUGGAGGUGGAUUCCAGACUCACCGCGUUGGAUGAUACAAAGAGGUCGAGUUCUCGAAGCUAAGGCAAUUUUACAAGAAUGCAUCGAAAUGAAUGGCACAAAAUACUGUCUUCCACAUGAUAUUGACCAACAACUACAAUUGCAAGCAAUCACAAGUAUGGAAGCAGCUCCUCCAUCUGGAUGGUGGUCCCUAUGGAAGGGUCCUCGAGCUGUCCGACACAUGAUUUGCGUACAUUUGUGUUGGUCCUUAUACAUUGUAGUCUACUACGGAAUGUUGCUCAAUAUACGUUCAUUUAGUCGAGAACAUUUGGAAAUAAAUACGAUAAUAGCUGGUUGCUCCGAAAUAACUGGAACUUUUAUUGGAUUAUUGUUAAUUCUGACAACAAGUAAAAAGUGGCAAUGUACAGGUGCAUUUAAUAUUGUUGCCGGUAUGAUUGCUUGGUCAGCUUGGUUGAUUCCUGAUAGUAUUAAAGGAAAUCCACGUGUAGCCCUUCUAAUGCUAUCUGCAAUGAUAUCAAAAGCUGCAAUCUCUUGCACACUAUCAAUUCUCACAACAUGCACAACAGAAUUAGUUACUGAAGAUAAAAAGAAAAUCUGUGCAUAUUCGACAAUAGUUUGGGCACGAAUAUGGCUCCUAACAGCUCCAUUUGUUGGGGCAACUGUGAUUUUUGGGCAGCUUGUGCCACAAUCGGCAUUUGCCUCAUUUACAAUUAUUGGUGGAGUUUUAUCCAUCCUUAUAUCUAGUCCACGUACAAUAAGCAAACAAAAGACAACACUAACGACGACGACGACGACGUCAACACAAGACACAAAAUAUCCAUCUACAAAUCUCCAUCAGUCGUCGAAUAUUAAUAAUAACAACAACAAUAACAAUAAUCAAGCGUUUAGCAAAAAAUCGAAUCUACCUCCGGAAUUAAUACCCGGCAUUUGGACGACAAAAAACCACGAUGAACAUCCACAAGUGUGAUAAAAAAAAAGUUCUUGUGUUUUUUUAUUUCUUAUUUUAUAUUUAUUAUUUUAUUUUAACUACAAAAGGCUUCUCAAAAAAAUGGUUUCAAAAACCUUUAGAAAUUAAACAUACACUAUAUAAAAAAAAAAGUUGUCAACUUUCUACUCAAAAUUUACAAAAUGAAACAUUUUUUUGUGAGCUAUAAAUUACGCACAAGCAUUCACUUAGCAGCGCAGGGAAAUCGAUCCAUAGGACAUAAGUCCAUGAUGGACUUUAUUUCCCAUAAGUUGGGAUAUAACUCCACAAUUUCAAUAUGAACUUGUUUUCCUUCCUAAUGGGAUAUAAGUGUAGAAAAAAAAGUGUGGAGUUAUGUCGCACUUGGGUUACAAUUCCAAUAUGGAUUUAUGACCUAUUGGCCUCUUUCCUUGCGCCUCAUUUAGCUACUUUGAAAAUGUUUUUUUUUUUUGUAAAUAAAUACUUUUUUUAAGCUAUGAACAAAAGUAGUAAG